CUGGUAGCAACAAUUUGAAUUCUGUUUAUUAUCUUUCUAGAAUAUGGUCAAUGACACUUGUGGUGACAAAAUGGAUCGAAAGACCAAAAAAGAGCAGAAGAAAAGGAAGAAAUGGGGCACGUCUGUGUCAUCUUCUCCAGAUGUGGUGGUGUCAGCCGCUGCACCUGCUGAAGGUGUCCAAACUCCCUCUUCAUCCUCCUGGAAGCACAAGUUUCCAUCUCUGCGCCGGGUUUUCCGGAGAAUGCUAUCUUUUCUGUCGUGUGUGUCCUCAUGUGAGGUGACUCGGUCAACCAGUGUCGACACACGUGAUGAUGAUGCUUCUUCCUCACCUGCAGUCAGCAGAUCUUCUGAUCCAGAUGUUGAACUGCAGGCUGAGACUCAAGAGAAAGAAGCAAUCAAAGAUGUAGCUGGAGAGCAAAGCUCCACUUCCAGCACUGAAGAUACAUCCACAUCCACAGACAGAAGACCUUCAGAUCUGCUGUAUGCAACCCUGGGAUUGGAAGUUACUGGAGGAGAAUCAAGCACCUCAAUCAGCACUGAUGGUUCUUCCUCAUAUGGACCAUCAGAUCUGGAGACCAGUGGAGUUUUCACUUCCUCCAGCGCUGAUGAUUCCUCCUCGUCUCUAGAAGAUCAUCCAUCAGAUCUGGAGACCAGUGGGGUUUUCACCUUCUCCUCAUCUGAAGACAGUGAGAAGAUUGAUCUGCUGGCUGAACUUCAGGCUACAGUGGUUCUUGAAGAUGCAGCUGGCGAUCAAGCCAUCUCUGAUGCAGAUCUUGACUACAUCCUCGGUGUGAUUGCUAGUAUGAGGGUGCAGUCCAAUGGUCUGUCCCAUGCUGAAAUACUGCAGCUCAUACAGUGCAGUCCUCAGCAGAGCAGUGGCAGCGAUACGGAGGACGAUGUCCAGUUGGCUGAUGUUGUGGCGACAGCAUGGCCGACCAAAAUCAAGCACUUGGGUUUUCCCAAUUUAGGAAACACGUGCUACAUGAACUCUGUGUUGCAGUGCCUCCUCACCGUUUCCCCGUUUCGGGACGAUGUGCUUUCCCAGCGGGAACGGUGGAAUGACGGAAGCACGAUGCUCAGGGCGCUCACCGACCUGCACAUGACCAGGCUGACCGGGAAUGACAAGAAUCUGAAAGCAAAGCUCUUGUCUUCGGUGAAGAGGUGUAUUGAAACUCUCCACCCUGAUUUCUUGGGAGACCAUCAGCAGGACGCCCAUGAGUUCCUGAUGGUUUGCUUGGCCCGUCUUAAAGAGGAGGGCGAGCUUCUGCAGAGCUCCUGGCCUCAGUACACCUGUCCUGUAGCUAACAUGGAGUUCCAGCUGAACCGCCGGCGCACCUGCGACAGCUGUGGCUUCCAGAGUAGCUUCAGAGAGGAGUCCAACUACCUCUCUCUAGUCAUCAGUCCUCAAGGAUGCCUCGUCGACAGCCUGCAGCAGUACUUCAAAACAUCUUCAUUUGAAUGCUCCUGCAGCGAGUGUGACGGCCGUGUGGCAUCGGAGGCGUUGGAACUAAUCACUCUGCCGCGGGUGCUUGUGCUUCUGGUCAUGCGCUUUGACAUCACAUCCUCAAUGCACAAGAUGAAAAAUCGUCUGGACGUUCCAGAAGACUUUGCACUGUCCUGCGAUAAAGGUGGAAGCAUCAGACGGACGCAGUGGUGCUCAGUACAGCCUCGCUGGAGUCGUGUCUCAUCUGGGCAGCAGUUUGUAUUGUGGGCACUACAUCAGUCACAUCCGUGACUUCACCGGAUCCGGAUGGCUGAGAUGCAGUGACACCAGCAUCAGAAGAUCCAGCUGGUCGAAGGCGUCGAAUAACAUCGGGAAGAAUGGAUACUUGCUCUUCUACGUGAAGAGGUGAAUAUCACCACAGCACUAGUGCUCAAAUAUGACUCACUGCUGAGUUCUCUUAUAUUAAGUCACGGUUGUAUUCUAACUGUAGUUCAGCAGCAGCUGGUUGAUGCAAGUGAAGGGAAUUACAUCUAAAGCCAAACAUAAGCUUAGAGAAGAUCCUUCUGCGGUUCCUCCGUCUCCCUCAAUUCCUCCUCAACAUCCUGGGAAUCUCAUCCCUGUACAGGUCGACAUCGGAGAGACUUCUCCAUCAGUGGUUCCACAUGCAAUCCCAGGAAAAGCAGGAUUGGCUAGUUGCAUACGAAUUUUACAUAUUAUAUAUGUUUAUAUGAUCUCAUAUCAAUAAGGUUUAUAUUACUAAUAGUACUAUUCUAUUAAUUUUAACCGAGCCAGUGGUAUUUGAAACGUAUGUAUACGAUACCUUAUUCAUCAUUUUACAAUAUGUAUAA